AUGCCAUCAAGAGCUUCUUCAAGAGCCUCUAAGGGGCCCACAACCACCAUCACGGGCUCAUUCUACUGUCAUGUGGAGAAUCCUGAAAAGGAUUCCGCCGGAAAAGCUGGAUCUAAAGCGAAGGUAACGGGAACCAGAACUUCCACGAGAAGCCGUCGGCUGUUGGCGCCAGAAGAGCCGGAAGUCCUACGGCCUCACUGCGACAAGUGCGGCUUUGGCGAGGCCCUGAGACCCGGCCUCGACUGCCGCUGCCACUGCUACCAAUGCUCUUCUGGAAAGCCUCGUUGCUCUUCCCCGCGCAUGGCUGCGCGUCGAGCGGAGAGGGAAACUUGUGAAACUUUCGCGACGAAACUUGCAAUGACAAGAAGCCGCAGCGCUGCGAGGCGAGACCAGCGAAAGGCAAGCGCAAGCAACCGCUCCACUGCAGAUGUGUCUACAGUGAGCACAGUGGUCAAGAGUGAGUCCAGCAACUUGAAGAGGGGAGGCUCAAGUGGCACCAAGCAAGCUGUGGAGUCACGGAAGUCCGAGGUGUCUGAGCAAGCGCCACCCACAAGAGAUGUGCCCAGUGGACUUAAGAAAACAGAGUCCACCAAAUCCUGCAAUAGUUGCAGAACAGAAUCUCGCAAAUCGAUUGCUCACGGAGAAAGCAAGAAGGACGCAGCGCCAUCUGAAGCAACUGUGGAGUCAACUCCGAAUCAGCACCCCUGCAACCUUCCGUGCAAGCGCCAGAGAAAUAAACCAUGCAGGCCGAAUCCUCCUUCGCGGUGCUCCAGCAGUGAAAACAUUUCAUCAAAGUACAGAAGACCCCACUGCCCCAUGUGCAGUCAAGUUGGUUGCCUCCGAAACGUUGAAGUGCAGUGCUACUGUGAUGCGUGCCAAGAGUCCAGGAACGGGCAGUGCAGCUCUCCACGGAUGGCAGACUUCAGAAAGUCUCAUCCAGGCUAUGUUUCUACCACUAGCCGCAAGCAAGCAUCUGCCUAA